UCUCCAUUUAAAUGUUUCAUAGGUUAGCUGGAGAUAUUUUAUGAACUCAGAAGAAAGGUACCAUGCUAACAUGAAAUGGAGACAGUGCAGAGAAGAUUUCCCAAAGGAGGCAACCCAAGAGCUGAUCUUGAACAUUGAAUAGUAAUGAGUAAGAAAAAGACUGUUGAAAAAGAUAAAAAUUGGAACAGGAUAGGUUUAUCAGAUGUUAUUGUUCUGAUCUUGAGAAUAUUUCCAAGCUAAGAAUAUCCUCAGUAUUUAUCAACACCACAGACAAAUAAUAACUCUGAGAGAUUUGUGUUUUUCUUACAUCACUUUAUACCUCAACAGGCAAAGAAUGUUACAUACAAUGCUGGGGCCACCCUACAACCACACAAUGGAAAACCCUGCCACCUUCUUCCUCGUGGGCGUUCCAGGUUUGCAGUCUUCACAUCUUUGGCUGGCUAUCUCACUCAGUGCCAUGUACACCACAGCCCUGCUAGGAAACACCCUCAUCAUGACUGUAAUCUGCACGGAGUCCACUCUCCAAGAGCCUAUGUAUUGCUUCCUGUGUAUUCUGGCAGCUGUGGACAUUGUUAUGGCUUCCUCUGUGGUACCCAAGAUGAUGAGCACCUUUUGCUCAGGAGAUGGCUCCAUCAGCUUCAAUGCUUGCUUCACUCAAAUGUAUUUUGUCCAUGCAGCCACUGCUGUGGAGACAGGGCUGCUGCUGGCCAUGGCUUUUGACCACUAUGUAGCCAUCUGCAAGCCCCUACAUUACAAGAGAAUUCUCACACCUAAAGUGAUGCUGGUAAUGAGUGUGGCCAUUGCAUUCAGAGGUAUUAUAUCUAUGACUCCACUGAGUUGGAUGUUGAGUCAUUUACCAUUCUGUGGCUCCAAUGUGGUUCCCCAUUCUUACUGUGAGCACAUGGCUGUGGCCAAGUUGGCAUGUGCUGACACUAUGCCCAGCAGUCUCUACACUUUAAUUGCUACCUCCAUUAUUGUGGGCUCUGAUGUGGCCUUCAUUGCAGCUUCCUAUACCUUGAUUCUCAGGGCAGUAUUCAAUCUUCCCUCAAAGAAUGCUCAGCGGAAGGCAUUAAGCACAUGUAGCUCCCAUGUGGGUGUCAUGGCCCUAUAUUAUUUACCUGGGGUGGCAUCUGUUUAUGUAGCCUGGUCAGGGCAGGACACAGUGCCCUUGCAUACCCAAGUGCUGUUAGCUGACUUCUACCUGAUUAUCCCACCUGCUUUAAACCCCAUCAUUUACGGUCUCAGGACUAGACAAAUUCGUAAGAAAAUAUGGCAUUUGCUGAUGUUCUUCUCUUAUCGCUCUUAUCAAGUUUCAUGACCACAAAUCUGUUCAGACUUUUAGUUUUCCAGCCAGCUGCAAAGAUGGUCCAGAAAUCUGUGGAAUUUGGAUUGAUAUUCUUGGCACUAUAGAUGUUUAAGAUGAUGGGGUAUAGGAUAUACGCUUACAAUUUUUUUAUUUCAAGCAAUAAAAUGGACGGGAUGAUUCUUAUAGUCUAGCAACAUUUUUGAAAAUUUCAACUUGUAUCUGAAUACGACAUAAGUAUGAGUAGAGAACAUAGGGUUGGCAGUUUUCUUUCCUCAAUUUUUGUCCCAUGUUUCCCACACUAAUAGCAUACUAGGCCCUUUGCUCUAGAAACCAACUCUUUGGAAUCUUGGUUUUGCCCUCCCACCAAUCACUCACGAACCCAAGUUUUAAAUAAUUUGUCCAUUUCUGAUGUGCUUAUAUAGACUCUGUGAGUACAUGACCUUGCUCUCUGCCUAUCCAAUGAAUCCCUUCUCAAUCAUGUGUUCACAAGUAUACCACAAUUACUAUCCAGACACAAUAUAUUUCUGUUUGUCUCUGGCGAUGUAAACUUCUGAUCAAUGAUGAUACACAUUUUGUAACACAAAGAUUUGGAAAUCUGGACCACUGCGGUGAUGUCAUUUAUUUAAAUGGAAUGAUGAGAAUGUUUCUGUGGUUCUCCAGUUUAAAUUCACCUUGGAAACCAAGUAUAUUCCUAUUAUUAUGUUCUACAAAAUAACUUUUAUGUUUUGAGUUUAUCUACUUUAAGCUAGUUGGAGUCCAUAUAGUGAUUAUUAUCUUUUGUUUUAGGCAGUAGAAUCUAAAUCAAUGUGAACUGUGCUUUGGGUGUCCUUCUUUUUUAGUUCCUUAUAUUCUGUGUCGCUGAAUUUCAAGACACUUGGGAGCAAUGAAGUAUAAAGGAGAUCCACGUGUUCUGGGAUAUAAAGGUUAACAAUGACUAAUAAGGGUAAUAAAUUAAGAUUUCAACACUCUUUUUCCGGUCCACUGAUCAAUAAAUUGUGUUUUUUUUUUUCUAUUUUCAUCUUUUGAAAAUAUUUUUACAUUCCCUGUGUGGAGCUUUAACACAUAUGUAACACAUCUUGCUUCCUUUUCUCAUCCUCUUUUCCUCUCCUCUCUCCCUACCUCCAUCACUCAAUGCCCUUCCCAUUUGAGAAGGGUGCAUCUGUCUACUGCCUACCACCU